AUGAAACGGAUUUGCGCACACGAAGCCUCACAUCACCAACAGCAGGCAGCACAGAACAGUUUGUUGCCUCUCCUGAGCUCUGCUGUUGAGCCACCCGAUCAGAAGCCGAUUCUGCCCUUACCAAUAACGCAGAAACCUCAGCCUGCACCAGAAACAUUAAAGGAUGCUAUUGUUGGGAUUAAAAAGGAAAAACCUAAAACCUCCUUUGUGUGCACUUACUGCAGCAAAGCUUUCAGGGACAGCUACCAUUUGAGGCGUCACGAGUCCUGCCACACAGGGAUAAAGUUAGUGUCACGGCCAAAGAAAACUCCCACCACAAUGGUGCCCCUUAUCUCGACCAUCGCUGGUGACAACAGCAGAAGUUCAUUGGUUUCGACUAUCGCAGGCAUCCUGUCCACAGUCACUACGUCUUCCUCUGCCACCAACCCCAGCAGUAGUGCCGGCGCAACGGCUAUGGCGGUGACUCAGACGGUGAAGAAGCCCAGCAAGCCCGUUAAGAAGAACCACGCUUGUGAGAUGUGCGGAAAGGCCUUCAGGGAUGUCUACCACCUCAACCGACACAAGCUGUCCCACUCGGACGAAAAACCCUUUGAAUGUCCAAUUUGCAAUCAGCGCUUCAAGAGAAAGGAUCGCAUGACCUACCACGUGAGGUCUCAUGAAGGUGGCAUCACGAAACCAUACACCUGUGGUGUUUGUGGAAAAGGCUUCUCGAGGCCUGAUCAUUUAAGCUGUCACGUUAAACACGUUCACUCAACAGAGAGACCCUUCAAAUGCCAAACGUGCACUGCUGCCUUUGCCACCAAAGACAGACUGCGGACACACAUGGUGCGCCAUGAAGGAAAGGUAUCGUGUAAUAUCUGUGGUAAACUUCUGAGUGCAGCAUAUAUCACCAGCCACUUAAAGACACACGGGCAGAGCCAAAGUAUCAACUGUAAUACCUGUAAACAAGGCAUCAAUAAAACAUGCAUGAGUGAAGAGACCAGCAAUCAGAAGCAGCAACAACAGCAGCAGCAACAGCAGCAACAACAGCAGCAGCAACAACAACAGCAGCAGCAGCAGCAACAACAACAACAGCAGCAGCAGCAACAGCAGCAGCAGCAGCAACACGUAACAAGUUGGCCUGGAAAGCAGGUAGAGACCCUGAGAUUAUGGGAAGAGGCCGUCAAAGCAAGGAAGAAAGAAUGUCAGUUCACCUUUGAGAAGGCUAUAGAGUACGUACCAUUCGAAGCUGCUAACUUGUGCCAAACCUCCACUGCUGCUACUACGCCUGUGACUCUUACUACUCCAUUCAAUAUAACGUCCUCUGUGGCUUCUGGGACUAUCACAAACCCAGUCACAGUGGCAGCUGCAAUGAGCAUGAGAAGUCCAGUAAAUGUAUCAAGUGCAGUUAAUAUAUCCAGUCCGAUGAACCUAGGGCAUCCUGUAACUAUAACAAGUCCAUUAUCCAUGACAUCUCCAUUAACGCUCACCACACCAGUCAAUUUACCUACCCCAGUAACCGCUCCAGUGAAUAUAGCGCAUCCAGUCACUAUAACAUCUCCCAUGAACCUCCCCACACCAAUGACGUUAGCUGGUCCGUUAAAUAUAGCGAUGAGACCAGUAGAGAGCAUGCCUUUCCUGCCCCAGGCCUUGCCCACGUCUCCUCCCUGGUAAAGAAUUUCUAAACAGUAUUAAAAAGGAUUAAAAUGGAA